AUGCACCAUACCAAGCAGCUCAGCCACAGCUCGAUCCUCUUCAUCGGCACCACCAACCCCAGCCAUUCCAACGAGCUCUCUUCCAACAACCCCGAGCUCAACUCCUCCGAUCCUGCUCACGCCAACCGCUCCUCGCUCACCCUCAUCGUCACCAUCACUCUCUCCGCCUCACUUACCCUGCUCAACAAAUCGAUCUAUACCACCUUCCAAUUCCCCUACCCCUUCUACCUACUCGCCCUCCACUUUGCCUCCAUCUCACUCACCUCAAGGAUCGUCGCCAAGACUUUCAGGCCCGCCGAACUCGAUGCCUAUCAUGAACGGGUCACAUGGCGCUUCUGGUCUCGGAACGUGUUGACCGUCGGACUGGCUUAUGGCUCUGCUAUCCUCUGCUCUAAUCUAGCUUAUCUAAGCCUCAGCGUCUCAUUCGUCCAGAUGCUCAAGGCAUUCACGCCCGUCAUCCUCGUCAUAGCCACCGCCUUUCUGGACCAUCGACUGCCGCCGAUGCGGACGGCCUUGGUGGUGAUGACCAUCUCCUCGGGCGUGGCGAUCGCUGCUUAUGGUGAAAUCCAAUUCGUUCUGAUAGGGGUACUCUUCCAGUUGGCAGGCUCGUUGGCUGAGGUGGCCAGGUUGAUUGCCACCCAGAGGUUAUUGCAGGAUCUCAGCGUCGAUCCACUGGUAGCCUUGAGUGCGCUAUCUCCAAUAUGCUUCUCGAUGGCCCUUGUCCUCGCACCCAUCUUUGAAGGCUCUGAGCCAAUCUUCCUGAUGGUACCUCGGAUGGGCAUCCCAUUGAUCAUCGGCUCAAUCCUCCUUGCCCUCGCCCUGAACAUCGUGGUCUUGUUCCUGGUGAGCUCCACCAAUGCUCUCGUUCUCACUCUAGCUGGCAUCGUUAAGGAUAUCUGCUUGAUCCUCGGCUCAGUUGUCUUUUUGGGCUCCCAUGUUACAACCACCCAGGUCUUGGGCUACAGUCUGGCGGCAUCGGGAUUGGUUUACUUUAAAUUCAGCGUGCCUCCGGGCUCCCCCAAGCCCCCGAAUUGGUCUCCUCGCUCCAACGAAGCAAGGAGAUACGAGGCUCUCCCAUUAAAUGAGCGAGAAAGCUCAAAUGGCAAAUAAAACUGGACACUCUUGCACCUCUGCUCGUCAGCCAAACGACUCUUGAGAACCGAACUAUCUGGAUAAUAUAUGGAUGCUUUU